CGGAAUGGAAGCAUUUUUUUUCCUCUUCACUUUUAAAAUUUAAUGUUCCUUUGGAUCUUUUAAUUAAAUCAAAUUGAUUAAAUUUUGUUUUAAUUGUUUACCCUUGUAUUUAUUGUCAACAGAUUAACCUUCAUCCAUUUCGUUUAACUCAUUUAGUUUCAUCUUUAGUAUUUCUUUCCAUUUAAAGAACAUUCAUCAUGUCAAUCGCAUCAAACAGGUCACGUCGUCCAAAUGCUGGAUCAAAAAUGAGCGAAAUCGCCAACAGUAAACAAGAAGAUGAUGAAUUUUACAAGAAAACCUAUGGAGGUUUCGUUGAGGAGGAGAAUGACAAUGACUUUGAACCAGGUUCAGAUGAUGAUGUUGCCGAUGCCAACAUUGGUAAAAAUGGAGAAUCCGCAGAGGUUGAUGGAAAAGAACACCCACCGGCUAAACGUUUAAAGACAGAAGCCAAACCUUGUGAUGAAGCAGAGUGUGAUGAUGAUGAUGAUGAUGACGAAGAAGAAGAAGCCGAAGAUGAUGAAGAUGAUGAUGAUGACGAUGAUGACGACGAUGAGGAAGGUGACGAUGAGGAAGAUGAUGAAGAAGAUGUCGAAGAGAUUGUCGAAGAUGAAGAGGAUGAGGUCGAAGGUGAAGAGGGUGACGAUGAUGAAGAAGCCGAUGAAGCUGGUGAAGAUUCAUUCGAAACCAAUUCUAAAGAGAAAAGUAAAAAUACCGAUACAGAAGCCAUUCCAGAAUCUAAAGCCGAUUAGAAUCAAACUUUGCUAUAAAUCUGCUUUCAUUGUGAGCACUUGAUGUGGGCACAAAAAUUUAUUACAUCAAUUCAUUGAUUUUGUACAAAGAAAAGAAAAUUUCAUCUCUCUUAAUCAAAGAAUGAAAUUUUCUUUUCUCUCCCAAAACAAACCACAUCAAACACCAACACUCUCAUGAAUUGUGAUGUAAUUUUUGUACCAAAAUCAAAACAAAAUACUUGACUCAUUGGGAAAAUUAAAACUUCUCUUUGAUUACAAUUUACAA